AUGGUAGUGCUGCCGGAAGCCGGUCCGCAUUGUUGUACGCCCAGCUGGGCAACGUUUGCACUGCCAGACGCGGAGCAGUCGUGGCUAGCGAUUGUGGUCAUAAAGUCGAAUGGUUCCCGCUCAGCCCCCCAGCACACUGCCCGGCGCCCGACCCAGCCCGAGCCCCUGUACGUCAACCUAGCCCUAGGGCCCAGGGGUCCCUCACCUGCCUCUUCCUCCUCCUCUUCCCCUCCUCCUGCCCACCCCCGAAGCCGUUCAGAUCCCGGUCCCCCAGUUCCCCGCCUUCCCCAGAAACAACGGGCACCCUGGGGCUCCCGAACCCCUCACAGGGUGCCCAGUCCCUGGGGCCCCCCGAGCCUCUCCUGCUCUACAGGGCAGCCCCACCGGCCUACGGGACGGGGGGUGAGCUCCACCGAGGGUCCUUGUACAGAAAUGGAGGACAAAGAGGGGAGGGGGCUGGACCCCCACCCCCCUACCCCACUCCCAGCUGGUCCCUCCACUCUGAGGGCCAGACCCGAAGCUACUGCUGAGCGCCAGCUGGGAGGGGGCCGUCCUUGCUUCCCGUCAUCCUCACUGGAUCUUGGCCCCGACAAAUCCCUUGUUUUGUAUUUUCUUGAGCCCUGACCCCUACCCCAGGUUUCUAACUUUCUAACUUGUUUCUGAUGUGGGUUUCUAACCUGUAAUCCCAGCUUCCCUAUCCUGGGCUGAAGGGUCUGCCCAUCCCCCACCUCCCUCCAUCCUGGGGGUCCUCGCACAAAUCUGGGGAGGGGGCGCUAGGCUGACCCCAUCCUCCUCUCCCUCCAGGAGCCCCCAGCAUGUCCUAACCUGUGCAUGGGGGUGGAGGGACAGUUCCUGCCCUUCUCUCCCCACAUGCCCCACUAAACCAUCUGACAACAUUAAUGAAUAAAAAGGUGAAAA